ACAACUAAAAAGAUACAAUAGUAACAUAGUAACAAUAAUAAUAUAUUACUUCACCCGUUACAAAUGCCAAAAAGAACGCUUCAGUCAAAAUCCUAGGGUUUGGUGUCUCGAACAACCACUCAAUCAGUCAAUUACAGUUUGCUGUUUGUGUGUUAACGAGUGAUGGAUGCGGAUAAAAUAGAGCUUGUAAAAGCUCAAAUUGAACCGUUUCUACGUCAAUCGGAAGUAUAUAUUCGUCGUAUUGAGGAUUUUGUUCGUCAGAUCCCGCCGAAUCAGAUCUAUAUUGCGGUUGGAGCUGUGUUGUUCACUACCUUUUUGCUGUUGAUAAUACGUGCUUUCAAGCAUACAAUUUCUAACACCAUUGUGCUCACCGGGCUUAGUGGAGGUGGGAAAACCGUUCUCUUCUACCAGCUUCGUGACGGAUCUUCUCAUCAAGGGACUGUUACUUCAAUGGAACCCAAUGAGGGUCUUUUUGUGCUCAACUCAGAGACCUCUAAGAAAGGCAAGAUCAAAGCGGUUCACCUUGUUGAUGUUCCCGGCCAUUCACGUCUUCGCCCUAAACUAGACGAGUACUUGCCUCGAGCAGCUGGCAUUGUGUUUGUUGUGGAUGCUGUUGAAUUUUUGCCCAACUGUCGUGCUGUUUCAGAGUAUCUCUAUGACAUUUUGACAAAGGCUAGUGUUGUGAAGAGCAAAAUUCCACUUCUUAUCCUUUGCAACAAGGUCGAUAAGGUUACCGCGCAUACAAAAGAGUUCAUCAGAAAACAACUUGAGAAAGAAAUUGACAAGCUUAGGACAUCAAGAAAAGCUGUAUCAGAUGCGGAUAUAUCGAAUGAGUUCACACUAGGAGUAACUGGAGAAGCCUUUUCAUUUUCUCAGUGCGUUAACAAAGUGACUGUUGCCGAGGCUUCUGGGUUAACCGGUGAGAUAUUACCAUUGGAGCAGUUUAUCAGGGAGCGAGUCAAGCCUUGAUGUCUGUCGAUUUCAUUACGGUUUUUCUUGUUAAAAGUUGAGAAAUUUGGAGGGAUUUUCCUUUUAAUGUAGAUUUCUAUAUUUCAAGGUUUUUUUUUCAUGGCAAUUGUUAUUAGGAAAGUAUCUUAAGACUCUAAUGGUUCUUUCUAGAUUCCUGAAAAACAUUAGUAUUGUUCCCA